CGCUCGGUCCACGCGUCCGGGGCCCCGCGGGGCCGGGCCCGGAGUCGGCAUGAAUCGUUGCUGGGCGCUCUUCCUGUCUCUCUGCUGCUACCUGCGUCUGGUCAGCGCCGAGGGGGACCCCAUUCCUGAGGAGCUCUACGAGAUGCUGAGCGACCACUCGAUCCGCUCCUUCGAUGACCUCCAGCGCCUGCUGCACGGAGACUCCGUAGAUGAAGACGGGGCCGAGCUGGACCUGAAUCUGACGCGGUCCCAUGCUGGAGGCGAGCCGGACAGCUUAUCCCGCGGGAGAAGGAGCCUAGGUUCCCUGGCCGUUGCCGAGCCAGCCAUGAUCGCCGAGUGCAAGACUCGCACCGAGGUGUUCGAGAUCUCCCGGCGCCUCAUCGACCGCACCAACGCCAACUUCCUGGUGUGGCCGCCCUGCGUGGAGGUCCAGCGCUGCUCCGGCUGCUGCAACAACCGCCACGUGCAGUGCCGGCCCACCCAGGUGCAGCUGCGGCCCGUGCAGGUGAGAAAGAUCGAGAUCGUGCGGAAGAAGCCGACAUUCAAGAAGGCCACAGUGACUCUGGAAGACCACCUGGCCUGCAAGUGUGAGACGGUGGGGGCCGCACGACCCGUGACCCGAAACCCCGGGAGUUCCCAGGAGCAGCGAGCCAAGACGCCUCAAACUCGGGUGACCAUUCGGACGGUGCGCGUCCGCCGGCCCCCCAAGGGGAAGCACCGGAAGUUCAAGCACACACAUGACAAGAAGGCACUGAAGGAGACCCUCGGAGCCUAGGGGCAUCUGCAGAGAGUGGGCAGGGUUAUUUAAUAUGGUAUUUGUGGUAUCGCCCCCAUGGGGUCCUUGGAGUCAUAAUAUUGUCCCCUCGUCCGUCUGUCUCGAUGCCUGAUUCGGACGGCCAAUGGUGCUUCCCCCACCCCUCCGCGUCCGUCCACCCAUCCGCCAGCGGGGCUCCCCUCGGCCGCCUCCAGCGUCUGGCCCCGAAGCUCGAGAAGGAAACGAAGGACCUGGACUCUGCCGCUGGCUUCCUCUCCUGCCCCGAGGACCUCGGAAGAGGGUGCAAGAGAGACUGGCGUGGCCACCGUCUGGGGACAGGGGCUCUCUUCCCGCGCGGUGGGCCAGCCCGAAGCCCUGCGCGUGGCCCUGAGGAUCUCUGGGCGCGGCCUCCGCUGCCCGGUCCCCCAGCCGGCUCUGAAGGCAACACCCCCAGGCAGGCCGGGUUCCUCGUCCUCCUGUGGUUGGGACCACGUGGCGGAGCACAGACUGGGGAAGCCUCCCGCAGUGCCCACGCCCAUCCCCUCUGCCGGGUCCCCUCUGCCGCAGGGGCUCCCUUUCCUUUCAUACGUAUGACAUCUUUGAAGAUGUGGACUCCUCCGGGCGGCCGUGGCCAGAGCGCCAGGCGGCCGUGCACCCUCUCAGAUGGGUAAGAGUUGAAGUUUGCUCUGGAAGUGGAUGUAGAUGGUGACCUGGGCAUCCACCGCCUCCUUCCACUCCCCUUCACUUCCUCCUCUGUUUCAUCUCUCUACCUCUACCCUGCAUCUUCCUCUUGGCCCUCAGUCUGCUCCACCAAGGGGCUCUUGGACCCCUCAUUGAGGCCCCACAUAACCCCAGUCACUGCUCCAUAAGGCAGAAGAUGAGGGGCCAGGGCAGCAGGGGGCCUGCCCAUCAUAUCUCAGCCCAGCCAAGACUGCCAUGUAAGGUUGUGCAGGGUGUGCACUGCACAAGGGCACUGCAUGCAGGGAUCACGGUUCACACCAUAAACACGGCCAAUGUGUAUAUUUAUUAUGACAGUUUUCCGGCAGAUGGAGGUCAGAUGUCUCGAGGAAAGGAAUCCUUUCCCUGAUUGACACAAAAAGACUCUGUGUGGACUCCUGUGCCCCGACCCAGCCCAGGGCUUGGAGUGGUCGGAAGGGAGUGAGCCCGUGUUGGCGGGGAGGCACGCUGUUGUGCAUCCGGCCUCCAUCUCCCCGAGUCCUCAGCUCAAACAGUCCUCCUUCCAGGCAGGUUUGAAAAGCCCAAGAGGACGUCUCCAAGGGAUGGGGCGGCUCCUGCGCCCCCGCCCGCUCCCCCAUCUUAGAUCCUUUGAGCUCCGCCUCUGGCGGCUCCUCCCCGGAAACCAGCUCCUGGGCUGGGAGUGGGGGAGCAAAGGGAGAAGAUCCGGGGCCCCAGGGGUGGGGUCUGAGCUCCGCCUCCCUUCCCCCCUCCCGCUGCACUCGCCCCUCCCCCCUCCCAAAUCUGCUUCCUUCAGUUUGAAAAGUCGGUGAUUAUAUUUUUGGGGGCUUUCCUUUUAUUUUUUAAAUGUAAAAUUUAUUUAUAUUCCGUAUUUAAAGUUGUAAAAAAAUAAU